AUGACGACAUCAGCUGUAAAAAAAAAAUGGGUUCAUUGCUGCACAGUAUCUGUCUCUUGGUUGGGACGGACCUGGAAAAAAAGCAAAGCAGACACGUGUGCAGCAGUAGCAGUGCGGGGAGCUAAGUUAGCAUGUGCGUACGUUGAACCAUGGUUUGUCCAGCUGCACGCGUGCAUAUGGUAUCGGUAUCGAGCAGGACGGCGGGUGUACCUGCGACGAAAGCAAAAAAGCAAAAAAAGGGGUGACGACGACUGGUGUGAUGCGGGACGGGACGGGGAAGCUAAUGACGGUGCAGUCGAGCGACGUCAGUGA